UGUUGCAGGGGAUCGGGGAUCAUCAGUCAAAUUCUGCUGCACUCAGAGAUCACAGAUGUGAUUCAGUUGGUGUUCGAAUUAUGCCAGUGAAGUGAGAGAAUAGUUACCAAAAUGUCGUACAUAUCAUCCUCCCCCUCAUCGUCUUCGUCCUCGACAUCAUCAUCCCCUCCAUCUUCGGCCUCUUCUGGGCCAUCGCCUACUUACCCUGACCAAACGGUGGGUGUGCCACCACAAAGUGCCCCGUACUAUCGGCGAAUGACCCCUCAAGAAGAUCUAAUGGCCACGCUCUUGGGCAUUGAUGUUUUGGUGCGACAACGCCAAGAUAUGAUCAACCAGUUGAUGAACCAUCAUCAACGUCUUAGUCGACAGAACGAAAUCGGAUCCCUGACAAACUUCAGCAAGGAGAUUGACAGAAUCAUGAAAAUGCGGGGCUUUGUGAUGAAAACUCCCGACAUGAAACGAAAAAUGAAGCGGAAUGCCACCCGGUUUGACCAAGAUCUUUAAUGGUGAUGCCUCUCUGUGCGACGAUGCCAUCCUAAGACACUUGCUUGGUGCUGCUGAGAGUGAAGGCUAUUUAGAAUCCAGAUGCAACGAUAUGAGAGCAAAGAUGGAUUAGAGGGCCGAUCAUCUUUUCAUCCGUCUGACACGCGCUCAAGUCUCCACUGCAAUGUGAUCCUCUGCUUUUGUUUAUUAACUUUCACUUGUUUAAUGAGACAGAGCUUUAAGACGAUAUGAUAAAGCACGAAUACAUUUUUGAAUUUGA